ACUCUCGGUAAUCUCGACUCCCUGUCCGAAGUCCGAACUCGUCCACACAUAAAACAAAAAGGGCUUGUACUGGUCUCUACUCUCUACUUGCUCAGUUUGCUCUUUUGCUCUCUCUCUCUCUCUCUCUCUCUCUUUCCAUCCGCAAAUUCUGAUUUGUUCAAUCCCAUUUCUUCAGAUCCGCAGGUAUGUCAUCCUCUGAUAAUCCAGAAGUAAUUGAAAGGGGUACCAAAGAGAAGGAUCACAAGGAAGAAGACAAAAAUGAAGAAAAAGGAGGAUUUAUAGACAAGGUUAAGGAUUUCAUUCACAACAUUGGAGAAAAGAUUGAGGAAGCAAUUGGAUUUGGGAAGCCAACUGCAGAUGUCUCCGGAGUUCAUAUUCCUUCAAUUGAUCUGCAUAAAGCUGAAAUUGUUGUUGAUUUGCUCAUAACAAACCCAAAUCCAGUUCCAAUUCCUCUGAUAGAUAUAAACUACUUAAUUGAGAGUGAUGGGAGGAAGCUUGUGUCUGGGCUGAUCCCUGAUGCAGGGACAAUUCAUGCACAUGGUUCGGAGACUGUCAAGGUACCAGUUACUCUGAUAUAUGAUGACAUUAAAAGCACAUAUGAUGAUAUCAAGCCUGGAAGCAUAAUUCCUUAUAAAAUCAAGGUCGAUCUCAUUGUUGAUGUACCUGUAUUUGGGAGGUUAACUCUACCACUGGAGAAGACUGGUGAAAUUCCCAUACCCUACAAGCCAGAUAUUGAUCUUGAGAAGAUACACUUUGAGAGUUUCUCAUUUGAAGAAACUGUUGCUGUUCUUCACCUGAAAUUAGAAAAUAAGAAUGACUUUGACUUGGGCCUCAAUGCAUUGGAUUAUGAGGUUUGGCUUGCUGAUGUGAGCAUUGGAGGUGCUGAACUCACUAAAUCGACUAAAAUUGACAAAAAUGGAAUUAGUUACAUUGAUAUUCCCAUUACAUUUAGGCCUAAGGACUUUGGUUCGGCACUAUGGGAUAUGAUUAGAGGGAAGGGAACUGGUUACUCAAUGAAAGGACAUAUCAAUGUGGACACACCCUUUGGGGCAAUGAAGUUACCAAUCAGCAAGGAGGGUGGUACAACCCAGCUCAAGAAAAACAAAGAAGAUGGUGAUGAUGAUGAUGAUGAUGAUGAGGAAUAGAGAAGGCUCUUGCCAGCAUCUCAUAUUAGUAGCUGUUGUUUUGUGGUUUAACAGUUCUAGACUUCUAGUAUUAGAAAGUGCAGGGUAUUUGUUUGCAGCUUCAACUCCGUAGUGCACUAUUGUCUUUGUAUUCCAUGUAAGGAGAAAGUUUUAUAUGUCUAUUAUUGUCAACCUUAGCAACUGAGCUUUGCCUGGAAGCACUGAUCACCCACUUCAGACAUUAAAAAACUGUACCAGUUUUCUUAUAGAAUGAUAUGUGUUUGGACAUAAAAUAAAUGUGUUCUACCUGAAUAUGCUGAA